AAUCUAUAUACAUAUUAGCACAUCACUAGCGGACACGGACACGGGAGUUGGGACGAGGAUAGAAACCAAACAGCAACUAGCGAAUAGCAAUCUAAUUUGAGUUUUCAGUGUUUUCGGAGUUUUGAGAAAAAUUAUUUCUCUGCUUGCUCAUCGUAACAGAUUAGUAUGAAAGACAUGAAUUCUACAAUUAAGAGCAACCUUUCAGAAAUAACAAAAUUAGCAAGAAAAUUUAAUUGUUUCUAUUUAUCAGGAUUACAUCAAGGUACCUGUAAACCGUUUUUGGUUGGAGGUCAUCAAGUAGGUCUUAUUCGGCCCGAUGUGCAGAAAUAUUUACAAAGAUUUCCCGAGGUAUUCAGAAUUACUGGGAAAUAUGUGGAGUUAAAUCCAGCAUUUAGAGACUACCAAGAAAGAACUACGAGAAUUGCUGAAGUUCUACAGUUUUUGCGCAAGGAGGGGGAAAUAUGUGCUUUGAAAGGUUGGCGGGAUGAGUGCUUUGAAGUUAGUACACCAUUUUACCAUGAAAGCCUAUUGGAGAUGGAUAGGAGUGCUAUAUGUCUCUUUGGCAUCAGGAACUAUGGUGUCAGUAUAAAUGGAUAUUUAUUCCACCCUACCAAAGGUCUGUGUAUUUGGCUGCAGCAGAGGAGUUUUACUAAGCAAACUUGGCCAGGUAAAUGGGAUUGCUUUGUGAGUGGAGGUUUAGCUGUUGGCUUUGGUAUUCUUGAAACUGCCAUUAAAGAAGUAGCUGAAGAAGCAUCUGUGGUUGGGGAUCUAGCAAAAAAGCUGGUUCCAGCUGGCUGUGUGAGUUUCUAUUUCGAAAGUGAGAGAGGUCUAUUCCCGAACACAGAAUACGUAUACGAUCUGGAGCUUCCAAUGGAAUUUGUGCCUGAAAAUGCGGAUGGGGAAGUGGAGAAAUUCGAGUUGUUAACCGCAGAAGAGUGUGUGCAACGAGCGCUCUCUCCACAAUUUAAAACGACUAGCGCUCCCGUUUUGUUGGAUUUCUUGAUUCGGCGGGGAUACAUAAACCCAGAAAAUGAGCCGAAUUACCGACACAUCAUAGAGUUGCUCCAUGUACCGUUGCAAACAAUAUACAAAUGGCCUCAGACCGAAGUAACGACUAAUGGAGAAGAACUCCAGCGCUAAGUAUCGUUUAGUCACAAACAUUACACAAUUUUCAAUUGAGUGGAUUAUUUAUUAAUUAUUUUUGUAUUUAAUUGAAGACAUCUAUUGCAAUUAAAUUAGGUUUUCAAUGUGUGCGUGGUGUGAUAUUUAUACUUUCACAUUCAUCUUAUAUUUCGAGUAGACAGAGGAUGAGUCCCGAUUCGUUUCUGUAAAGGAAUGUCUUCCUGGUUUUAAUUGAUUGCAAAUUUUAGUCUUGACAGAGGAUUGAAUUUCCUUAAAAUAUUCAGUACGAUAUUAUUGAAAUAUUAUUAUGAUUAUAUUAAUGUUAUUAUUUUAUUAAGUUCGCUUCACUAAUUCCUUAGUAUUAAAGUGCAAGACGCCAGCGAUCAAUGACCAUUUAGUUAAAUUUUAAUACCUUCCAUAAAUUUAAUGUUUCCCUGUAUUUGUAUAAUUAAAUAAAAUUUUAAUUUAGUAUUUAUCUUAUCCUGAAGAAAGAUAUUAUGUAACUUAAUCUGGAGAAGUAGUCACUUUGAAAACUUAUUAGAAAUCAUAAUAGUUUAGCUAGGGACAUUUAAUUUCUGUGAUACUUUACCAAUUUGGUAUAAGCGAUGUUAGUGGGUUAAUUAUGUAAAGACGUGAAUUAUGAACAGAAAAUUGUGGGAAUCCGUACCGACGGACGUAAUGGAAACCGAUAUGAACUGGUCUACAGACUACAGACCUACCAAUGAAAGAGACGAAUCGAAGAUUUUUAUUCAAAUUUGUUUUAAUGAUGAGUAUUAGUAUUAUUUUGAAUGCUUAUGUACGGAUUCUGUCAAGUUGAACAUGCAGAUUUAAUGUUUAAAGUUUUUGGCCUGAUGUUAAAAGCACCUUUGAGAAAAAUGUAAUCGCAAAAGUGACUUGCAUAAUUAUACUCCGUAAUGGGAGUUUGUGUUGGGUUUUUACAAUUCGAGAAAUAUAUUUCAAAGAAAUGUACUGCAGUUCUUUUAGCACCAAGCCAUGGGUUUAAAAAGUAUGAGUAUACGUUUUUUGUGCCAUUAGUAUCCUGCUUCAUUUAGAAUUAAAUUACGGAUGACAUGAUUCAUCAUUUUAACGGUUUAAAUUAUUUAAAAAUCGAUAUUUGUUUUAUUUGACAAUUACUGAUAAAAUAUUGCAUCCUCUAGUCAGUAUAAGGUUCAAAUUUUUACUAUAUAUAUUAUUAAACAAAAAGUUUUUUUAGCUGCAGAUUUUUUUUCACUAUAACUUAGUUCUACUAUACGAGUCAUUUUGACCGACAUUAGAUGGAUUGAACUACUAAGAAAAGGAAUCAGAAAAAUAUAGGUAUCAAUACCAUUUUUGUAAUCAAUAAAAAGUUGUAUGUUAUUUCAAGACAACAAUUUAAAGUAUAGACUUAACGUCGAGACAACGUAAGAUUUUCUUGUUCUAUGGCGUUUGUUAGACCUAAUUCUAUUUUAUUAUUAGACUGUUUUGGCUUACAAUAAAGGUAUAAAGUAUUUAAUAAGAUGUUAUAUUAUGGGAUGUGUGUGUUAUCAGAAAAGAAUAUGUAAUUCAGAGCACCUACGGUUUCAAAUCACUUUUGUGUAUUCGUAAUUUCAAAGUACAAAAUAAUCCAGCUUAACAGUAUCUCAUAAUUAUAUUACGGCAACCCUUUUAUUAGUAUGUCAAUGUAAUUAAUGUAUAAAGUCAGUAUUUUACCAUUUAGUAUGUUUUCUGAGAUUCAAAUGAAAGUGCACAUGUUUGUGCAUUUCUAUUUAAAUUGAAUGGUUUAUUUGAAUGUCACUUAUCAGAAGUAUUGCCAAUUACGUUAUAAAUGGUAAUUUCUAAUUCAUAGAUCUUGUUGAAAUAUGUACUCUAAAGCCUUCUAAAUAAAGACAAUUAUAAAUGUUAAAUUUAUGCAGCGAAUAUUGCUUUUUCAUAAUUUUUUUACAAAGAUAUUAGUGAUCGUAGUUAUAGAAGUUAUUAUGAAACUAUGUAAAAUGCUAGAAAAAUUGUAGGAAGUCAGAAGCCUUAGAACGUUUUUUACAUUUCUAUUAACGAUUGUUAUGGGCGAAAGACUUUUUAUCCAUUUUACAUGUUAUAUAUAAUCGUUUACAUUUGUGAUUUUUAGGAUGAUACUUGCUUUCCUAAAAAUGGGUAAUAAAUUUUAAGUAAAAUUA